CUUGAUGAAAACUGCAUGGAAAGUUUUCCUGAUCACAAGUACGCCAGAUCACAGCCCAGCAAACAGCUACCUUUUCACAAGCCUUUCCUCAUAGGGAAUUAAGAGAAAAUGCACUUGGAGAUGUUAAUCUGCGUGAUUCUUAUAAUUCCAUCACUAGUGCUAUGUUCUCCAGCCAAGAAUGGAUAUAUUGAAGCAAGGGCACCUAAGCAAGACAUUGUGACCAUUCCUGAGUUCCCUCAAGACUUACCAGCAAAACCAGAUGCUGCUGUGCUGCCCACGUGUCUGCUCUGUGUAUGCCUGAUUGGAUCGGUGUACUGUGAGGAGGUGUUCCCUCAAAUGACAGCCAUCCCAGCACUGCCAAGAGAAACCACAUACCUUUAUGCACGCUUCAACCAGAUCAAUAAGAUAAAAAACAAAGACUUUGCAGAUAUGGGAGCAUUAAAAAGAAUUGACCUGACCGGAAACAUUAUCAGCGAGAUAGAAGAUGGAGCCUUUUCCAAACUUACCAAUCUUGAGGAGCUCUUUCUGGCUGAGAACCGACUUACAAAACUGCCAAUGCUACCCAGCAAACUAACAACAUUGAAUGCCAAUUUCAACCUUCUCAAAUCCAAGGGUGUGAGGUCCAAUGCUUUCAAGAAACUUCCCGAACUUGCUUUUCUAUACCUUGGAAAUAAUAAACUGGAAGUAAUUCCACAACUUCCUGAGUCGCUACAAAUUGUUCACCUCAAUAACAACAAUAUCAAUACAAUUACUGAUCAGACAUUUUGCAAAGGCAACACCACUCAGUACAUCCGAAGCACCAUGGAAGAGGUGAGACUGGAUGGCAACCCACUUGUCUUAGCUCAGCACCCAAAUAGCUUCAUCUGUCUGCGGAAUCUUCCAACUGGACAUUACCACUAAAGUUUUAGAUAACCAACGCAUGAUUUUGGGAAUUAGCUGUAAACCCUGCAGGUGUAGGUGAUCAGCAUUAUUAAGCAGAAAUAAGUCCCUUUGUGAAAUGGAGAGAUAAAUUCAUCAGUCCUCCAAAUCUUUUUAUAAAUUGUACUCCGCUUAUUUUUUCUCUUAACAUUGUUUAUAGGUAUAUGUUACAUUUCUUUGUUUCCUUUUUCACACUUAUAUCAUCAUAGACUUUCAGCUUGUGAACUAAACAAAUUAUUGUGGAAUAUUAAUAGCUACCGUUGGAUCUUCAGACAGCAUUGCAUGUGCAAGAAUGACAUGCAUCUUUACUCAAUUAAGUUCACCUUGAUGUAAACAAGCAUUCAUAGCCCAGAGUCCAGUUACUUUUGUUAAAACCGGUAGUUCCAACGUCCAACAUUUAUUUGACUUCAAUCAGGCCAUCAGCGAUCUUCUGCUGGUAUGAUCUUUCUGACUGUUUUCUUCUGUAGACAUCAUCUGGCAAAUACAAUAGAAGGAUUAUUGUAUUGGCACUCAAUAAAAUUGGCAAGAUUACAUGUAUUGUGGAUUCAUGGAUACACACAGAGGUUGGUUUGAUAUCCUGUGAAGGAAGGUCUAUUCAGAUCUCUAACUCUGAGAGAAAGGCAUGGGACAUCCUACAAGGAGUAAGAGGGAAGCGACAGUAGGGGGACCUUUAUUGUGCUUACAUAGUGUUUGGUGAGGCUACAUUUCACUUCUUUGCAGAAGCAUGGCCAAAUUUUGCCCAACGCGUUUGGCGUUGGUCACUAGUUUAAGGUCAGGUUAGGCGUUAACGUAACUUGAUGUCCUAUUACGUGACAUUGUAUUUGUCCAUCGCUGUAAAAUAUGAUUAGCGUUUGAUUCCUACGUCAAAUAAAAUGGCGACGAUAUAACCUUCUAGAUCACAUGUAGGUCAGAAAAGAUUGCUAGAAAAGAUUGAAGAACCAUUCAAGAAGUAUACUUACAGAAUGUCUCCCUUCCUAUCCUCACGUUUAUCAUGAUCCAUUCCAUAACACCGCCUAUGCAGAAAAAUACCGGCAGGAAUCUGUAGGUUCCGAGACGGCGUUUACCCGGCAUAAGACUCAGUAUAUACUUAAUGUUUUCACUCCUUUGAAACAUCUUAAACAGCGGGCACUUGCUUAUUUAUUAUUCUUAAACGACAGCAACGAUUGUCACAUACAUUUAUAAAAACGUAGUGUAUUGCCUAACUACACAGCAACGCAGCAGCAUGUCCUGAAGUGUGACGCCGCCGAUAGGGAAUGAUCGUUUUGUGACAGCAAGUAACUAACCGGACGGAGUUACAGAGCAUGUUUAUAACUCUAGUGUGGUGCGGGGGACGCCCAUGUGUAGGUUCAGACACUAAAAUGAUUCACACCCGAUUAACUUUAUAGCUCAUAUCCAUAUUUUUUUAUAUGUUAUGGACGCGAGGCUAAAGUAAGGUUUUCAUUCACCAUCUACUGAAGUUUAGUAAAAGAGUAAAUAACACUAACAUUUGUAAUGCCUAUUUUACAGGGAUGGAUAAAUAUUGUGAAUUUCCAAUAUAAUGGUAUCCUUU